AUGCGUGCGUCUCGGCAGGUUCUCAGCAGCUUCGGUCGCAGACGCAGACACGUUGCGUCACUUCGGCAGCUCUCUUCCGCCACCAAGACCAAGGGCCGCGACCAGACUCGAUUUUCAUGCUUCUUCUCGCCAAAGGAUGACCCUCGAGAGCUCCUAGGCAAGCUUGCUGGCCAUGCUGUGCUGGAAAACCCCCAGGGCCACGACGCGGCCGUCGUCAUGGCCACGCCCACCUUGUUCAAGCACGUCAACGAUCCCGCAUUCACUCUCGAACUGGCCAAGCUUCUCUCCGCGGCCGCCGAGACGCGCCACUUCCAUCUGCUGUGCGCAAUCGUCGACUGCAUCGCUCCCGCGCCGGGCGAGCCGGUUCCCGCGCCUGGCGUGUCGGUGCUGCGCGGCGAGCUGCAUUCCUUGAUGCCGCGGCUGUGGCAGCCGGAGCCUCCGUUGAGGGCAUUCGACAAGGACUCGGUCGCUGCGGUGACGUUCCGCGCGGGAUCGUCGCUGCAAACCCUCCCCUUGGCACGAACGACGUUUCUCAACAGCCGACCAUCUACCCUCUUGGCAGGCCGAUUCGACGUGUCAGGCGGCAGUCCGAGACUGAAACAAGCAAUGCACAAGCAGUGGCAACAGGUCAAUGUUUGGUCAGCCGAUCCUGGCGUCGGACCAGAUACCGGAAUGGGGCUAUGGGCGCCGUUGUCGCCGGUGACCCGCCCGCGAAGAAUCGUGGACAGCUUUGGAAACAUCGUCCGUGGCGUCGAUGUGGAGGGCAAGCCGACGCCAGCGUCCACAGAACUAGAAGACGCCAUCAACAGGAUCCAUGGACACCGGCUCGCAGCUGAAGCCUCCGCAGGUCCGAUGGGCGUCUGGGCAUUGGUUUCUCCAGCCAGUUCGCGACAGCGGCUGGGCGACCCGGACGAUGCUCCUGAUCCAGAGGCGACGCUAGACGGCAAAGCUGCCAGCCGGGAGGAUGUUGAGUCGACUGCGGCAUAUCUCCAAAGCCAGCACCGGGCUGGGUGCCGGUUGUUCCAAGUCUUGAGCGGCGGCGGUGGAUGGGGUGCCAAGAAGGGACUCCUCUCGCUCGACCCCCGGGAGACCUUCUACGCCCCUCCCGAGGAAGAGGAUAUGGAAAGGUUCAUGCAAGCCAUGAGCAACUCGGGGCUCGUGCCGACCGAUUCCUACAUACAGUUUUUCGUGUCGGGCAUGGCACCCUCUGCAUUGACUGCGUCCUCCGCAACCGGUGUCGUUUUCGGAGUGCCGACGAGCCCGUCUUCUACGGAGGAAGCCGGGCCUGAACCGCAAACCAGCCUACUUGCCGACCACUUCGGAGCUCUGUCAAGCCAAGGAAUCUACACGUCUCCUCUCCCGAAUGCCAAGCAUGCUUUUCGAGAGUCCAAACUUAGUGUUCCAGGCUCCAGGGUUUUUUUCCGGUAA